AUGGCAGCUGUUUCAAUGAAUGAAUUACCAAAAUCUCAGGUUCAAGAGUUGAUCUGCUCUUAUGCAGUUUUGACAUUAUCAGACGGUGGCGUUCCAAUUACAUCUGAAAACAUCAAGAAGAUUAUUUCUGCAGCUGGUGGAAGCGUUGAACCAUAUUUCCCAGGUUUAUUCGCUCAAGCUUUGUCUACUACUAAUGUCAGUGACAUCGUUGCAAGCUGUGGAGCUGCUUCAGUUGCUGUACCAGCUGCUGGUGGUGCAGGCGCAUGUGCUGCUCAAGAUUCUGGAGCUUCAGCUGCUGUUGAUGACAAGAAGAAGAAGGAGGAAGAAGAAGAAGAAGAAGGUGAUUUAGGUUUCUCAUUGUUCGACUAA